AUGGGAGCCUCCUCUAUCCUUAGCAUUUUUGAGGGCGCCAAAAGCUUUUACAUACCACCGCACAGCUCUUAUCAUGUUGAUUUGAAUCCUGCUUAUGAUGCAAAGUUGGAUGCUGAAAUUGACAAAUGGUGUAUGGAUUUUUUGAACCUGCAUGAUCUCACUGAUCACAAGACUCAGUUUGCCAUUCAGAGCAAGCUUGGAAAACUUGCAGGCUUUGCAUACCAAGCCAUUUCUUCAGAGAGAUUGAGUCCCAUCGCAAAAUUCUUUUGCUGGUUGUUUCUUGCAGAUGAUUUUAUGGACGAUCCUUCUGUCCCUGUCUCUGACCUGAAGAAUGCCACACUUGCAUACAAGCUCAUCUUCAAAAACGACUAUGAUCAAGCCAUAACUCUGGUGGAAAGUAAAGGCCUUCUGCGGCAAAUGGGGAUGCUUAACGAUGUCUACACUGAUCUAAAGGGUUUCAUGAAUCCUGGACAUAAGACCCGGUUUUCGAAAUCCAUGAUUGAUGUGCUCGACAUGUUUGAGGUGGAAUCAAGUUGGCUUCACAAGACACUGGUUCCCAACUUUGAGAUUUAUAUGUGGAUGAGGGAGGUAACAGCUGGGGUUAUCCCUUGCAUGGUGGCAAUGGACUUCCUUAAUAAUUUUGGGCUGGAAGAGGAAGGAGUGCUAGACGAUCCCCAUAUUCAAACGCUGGAAGUGAUUGCAAAUCGCCAUUCGUUCCUAGCCAAUGACAUGGUCUCCUUCAAAAAGGAAUGGGCUUGUGAACAGUACCUCAAUUCUGUGGCACUGGUUGGUUACAGUAGCAACUGUGGCUUAAACGAGGCAAUGGAGAAAGUUGCACAAAUGGUUCAGGAUUUGGAGAAAGAGUUUGCUGACAUCAAACAAAAGGUUCUCUCAAACAAGGACUUGAACAAGGGAAAUGUCAUGGGGUAUGUGCAAAGCUUGGAGUAUUUCAUGGCUGCAAAUAUAGAGUUUAGCUGGAUCUCUGCGAGAUAUCAUGGGGUGGGAUGGGUUUCACCAGCUGAGAAAUAUGGUACCUUUGAGUUCUAG